ACUUCAGGGUCGUCACCGCGAGAGACCUACAAAGUAGAUACUUUUCAAAAUUUAACCAGAUUUUAGAAAUUCGAUAUUCCUUCUCCUUGUUUUCUGUUUUACUCUGUGAAAGGUGGGCGCCCUAGAGAAAAACCCCAAGAGAUAAAACCCCAAGAAACACCAAAUUCUGCUGAUAAAAUCACUUAACUAUACACAGUCCAACCGGUCUUCAAUCUCUGCUACUAAUUGUUUUUUAAGCGUCAGUCCCUUGAUUUCAUAUGUAAACAAUGGCUGUCUGUAAACUAAUGUCAAUGAAUGUUGCCGCUUCCUCCACAUGCAUGAUUGAUAAUACAAGAAUUUCAGUCGUGCAAAGGAGAAAUCUUUUAGUAGAAAAUUUCGGUUGCAAAAGCGGGAUUUUACGAGGGACUGAACUUGGGAGGUGUUCAUUUAAGGAUCGUACAGAAUUUGUUCUCAAUUCCUCGAAUUUUACUUCAAAUGUUGCCGAUUUUUCUCUCGUUCGUGCGAGAGCUGUGUCUGAUAGCCAUGAAAGUGAGGCGGAGAAUGAAAAUAAUGUGUCGGAAAAUGGAUCCGCCUUCCUUCCGCAGACUGAUAGUUUGCCUCAGAUGAUAAACUCAAGUAAAGAGUUUGGUAAGGAAAAGAAGAAAAGUGAAAGUUCAAGUAUCAUGAGUACACUUAUAGGUGGACAAAGUGGAGGCAGUCGAACAGGGCUUUUCCGUACUCCAAUUUCAGGUGGUGUUCAAAGUGCAACUUCAGCCCAUGGCUUGCCUCGUCCCGCCUUAGCAGUUCGUAACCUCAUGGAGCAGGCUCGCUUUGCACAUUUAUGCACUGUGAUGUCUCGGAUGCAUCAUCGUCGAAAAGGAUAUCCUUUCGGUUCUUUGGUUGAUUUUGCUCCUGAUUCCAUGGGACAUCCAAUUUUCUCCUUCUCACCGUUAGCUAUCCACACAAGGAAUUUGCUAGCUGAUCCGAGAUGUUCUCUUGUUGUGCAGAUACCUGGAUGGAGUGGUCUAUCAAAUGCAAGAGUAACAAUAUUUGGGGAUGUUUAUCCUCUUCCAAAUGAACAACAGGCAGACACAAUAUGUUGUAUCUGCAUACCGCCAUUUAAUGCUUUUGGUUCUCAUGUUUCAAGGUUUGAUCCCCCUUUUUGGAGGAAGCUGGAAUGGGCCCAUGCAUAUUACACUGCAAAACACCAACAAGGGGCAUCUCAACAGUGGGGUAACUUUUAUUACUAUAGGAUGGAGUUGAUCAGUGAUGUUUACUUUAUUGGAGGAUUUGGGACUGUGGCUUGGGUUGAUGUUCAAGAGUAUGAAAAUGUACAGCCUGACAAAAUUGCAGUAGAUGGUGGAGAGCAAAAUUUGAAGGAACUGAAUGCAAUGUUUUCAAAGCCAUUGAAAGAAUUAUUAUCAAGAGAAACAGAGGUGGAUGAUGCUGCCUUCAUUUCAAUUGAUAGCAAGGGCACCGACAUUCGUGUUCGUCAGGGAGCACAGUUCAAUGUCCAACGUCUAUCGUUUGUAGGGGUCCAUGAGGUGGAGACAUUGGAAGAGGCAAAAAUAGCUCUACAAAAGAUUAUGGAUAAGUGUAGAAAGCUGUCAAAACAGACCUAGUACAGUCUAUAGGAAGAACGAAGUAUUAGAUCUAUCGAAUCACAUGGUAUUUGAGGGCUAAGCUGCAGCUCUUUGAAUGUGGUGCCUACCACUCCUGAAGCACUGUGACAGUUUGUUAUCUGUGCCAUUUUUCUCAGAAAUUUUGAAGUUAAAAAGUUUCUCACUUAGUUAUCGUGUUUUACCUGUAUCUUUUGGACAAUGAGUUGGAGAUGAACCUUCCCUUAAAAUCAUUUUGAGGAUGAUUGGUAGAUCAUCAGAAGUGCAUUUAACUGUCGUGAGUUAAUGUGUAUCAAUUGCUCACUACAAUUCCCAUAAGUAAAUUCUGAAGAUGUUUGAUAUUAAAGCAGAAUUGGAUAUGUCACAACUUGAUAGAUGAUAUUUGAGUGACAACUAUAAUUUCUGGCUUUCUCUAGUUGUCAAUUCUAGUACAGAAUGUAGGAGAUGUACAAAUGGUUGUAGCAUAUGGUAAAUAUUUACCGCUUAAAAUGAGAGCAGGUUCCUUAUGUAUGACUUUGUAUGAAAGAAAUUAACUACAAUCCAGUUUUUGUUAUCAAGAUGAAAUAACAUAUUGUAAAUCUGAUCAUUUAUUUGCCUCUAGAAAUACUUUGGAUUUCUGUGAGGUUCUUUUCAUUAAA